CGUUUUCCACUUGUCGCGCGCGUAGUGCUCUACCAACAACAACGCCUUGCUGCACUACGAUCCGGUCUUCGCAAACAACUUCGGUUCAGUAGUCGCUGGUGUGUCGUCGACGUACGACGGCAAAAUUUGCUUCUCCGUUUCCAACGCCUACAUUGAUUCGGGCUAGAAUUUCAACAAAACAUCGUUACAUUGUUCAACUAGCAGUUAUUGGUUUCUUUCUCGAGGCAAAGAUCCAUGCAAAGUGUUCGUACCGGUUUACUGAAACUUUUUGGCAAAGAAGAAAAAAAGUGAAGUGAAAUUGAUCAAACCUUUGUUUGAUAAGAACAGAAUCAGUGAAUUUUGUAGUAGAGACCAAGUUCGACAUUUUAUUUGCAUUGUUUCGUAUCAUCAUUGGUGACUCUCUGUUUUGCGGGAACGGUGAAUAUCAUCCCACAGCAACAACAACAACAACAACAAAAAAGAAAUCAUCUCGAGUAAUAUUUUCUAACCAGAACCGGUUUGAGAUUGUGUGAGAAGCCGGAAUUGAGCAAAGCACCGUCGUCGGUCCGGAGACCGGAAAGCGAAGUUCAAUCGACCAAUACCUAGGAAGACACCGUGAAUUGAUGAGAUUUUAGGGAUCCAAACGGUUGGUCCAAUAAUGAUCGUAGAAUUCGCGAACAAAGAGCAGUAUCAUCAGUGACAACAACCCGUAGGUGGGGCGGAACAAGCUCAACACGAAGCGAAGAAGAGACAGUGAGACAAACGCACGAGGUGAAGAAUUUCGCCAUCAUAGUUUACCCGUUUUUUUUUGAGUGUGUUUUUAUCAAGCACGGAAGUUCAGGUGUUUUGCUACCGAGAAGGCGGAAGACGAACCGGGUAAUUACGCGUGUUGGUGUUUAGUCGAAAAACCAGCUUCGCACAAAAUUUACGCGUGUGGCAUGUGUUUCUUCUAGUGGCGGCAGCUGGUGCUCUGGGCAACAAACAACGAGCGAAUGAGAGCCAGUUCAACAGUCGAUAACAUAACUCUUUUCACGCUGUUUUUCCUCGACUUUGAACCGGCAGAUAGCAGCAGCAAGUGCGAAGCCGGAAAAAAAACUUGUGUAAAUAUUUACAUUUUAGUAGAGUAGAAGAAUAGGGGAGAGCAGUAAGUGAUUUAUCGCGUACAGGAAGACCCGUGAAUGUCCGCGUUUCGGCGGCUGAUCGAGAUAAUCCCAGUUUCCGUGAGAGAAGAUACAUAAAACAGAGACUGUUAGCCUUGUGAAGGUUUUCGUGAUAUAUGCACAACAAUGACAUUUGAGCAGACGAACAUAAUCACCAUUUGACAGUUUGCACACGAACAGUAAAACAUCCAAUCUAGUAGCCGGUGUGUUAGCCAGUCACUACAGGAUUACAACACAAGCACAGUGAAUCGUUCCCAACUCGUAAGAAGUGCAAAACGAGGGUUUCGGAAAAAAACAAACGACAAGGAUGAAGAUGUUACCGAUACCGCUGUCACCGUUGAAUCCCCCAACGCCCCUCGGCAUCUGGGGUUCGGAUUUACUUUGGCGAUACCCACCGGCACCACCGAGUCCGUUGGCUGACCUCAAAACACAGCUUCCGCCGCAGCUCAACACGGACCCACGCAUCUGGGGUCGCGAGGAGGUGGCCGUGUUUCUUCGCUUCUGCGAGCGUGAAUUCGAUCUACCCAAGUUCGACCUGGAUCUGUUUCAGAUGAACGGCAAAGCGAUUUGUGUACUCACGAAAAAUGAUCUAGCCGAGCGUAGUCCCGGAGCCGGAGAUGUCCUACAUAAUGUGCUGCAGAUGUUGGUUCGCGAUGCACAAACCCUGCACCGUCAUUUGCCCAGUAGUCCAGUAACUCCAACCAGCCGAUAUCCGCUGUCACCUCACAGUCAUCCGCCGACACCGAACUGGAGUGCCCUAGCACCGCCGGACAGCCCAUUCUUCCACAAUUCCCACCUGCAGCAGUUCAUGGCAGCAUCCAACUCUGUCACGUUAAGUCCGGCACCGUCUAUCGAUUCACAGGCCGGAAGUCCACCCCAAAGCCACCAGGAACAGCUGCAAAAUGUAUUCCAAAAAUCAUCCAGCAGUAGCAGUAGUCACACCCAGAACAGCACUUCCGGUGGAAGCAGCAAUCAGUCGGAUUCGGACGAAGACAAUUCCACUGCCGGGUACCAUCCACUGACCUUGUCACACCCGGACAGCAAACUCCCGCUGCUAACGCAACAGAAUCAAAGUCCUCCGCUGACACCGAUAUCCAAGGAGACACAACAUCUCGGACAGCUGCAACUGCUCGACACUAAAACUCUCCAGUAUCCAGUUUCGGCGCUUCUGAACAACAAUAACAACAACAACAACACCACCAGCAGUGGCAACAGCAUCACCAGCAACGGUGCCAACAGCUACAACAGUUCUACCAGCAGCAAUUCUACGACCAAUGUUACCAGUUCGCUGAGCAACGGUAACUCCACCAGCGUCUACAACUUGCAUUCACUUAGCCUAAAACCAUCACCGCUGUCACCGCCUUCCAACUCAUCGCCGAACGGCUCGUCGUCGGCCCCCACAACUCCCGGAGCGUUCCUGCCGGUGAAACGAGAAUUCUUCCCCGACAGUCCGGAACCCAAUACCAAUGGCCGAUUACUGUGGGACUUUCUGCAACAACUGCUGAACGAUCCGUCGCAGCGUUACAGUCGUUACAUCGCCUGGAAGUGUCGCGAUACCGGUGUGUUCAAGAUCGUGGACCCGGCCGGACUGGCGAAGCUCUGGGGUCAACAGAAAAAUCACCUUUCCAUGAACUACGACAAAAUGUCCCGUGCCUUGCGGUACUACUAUAAGGUCAACAUACUGCGCAAGGUUCAGGGAGAGCGUCACUGUUACCAAUUCCUUCGCAACCCGACGGAACUGAAAAGUAUCAAAAACAUCUCGCUGCUCCGCCAAACCAUGGCAAGCCAAAAUGCCAACGCUCAAUCGGCCGCCAAUUCCAGUGCGAACGGUCACUCGCUGAUGUCACUGCUGCCGAACGGUGCUAACAUUCAUCAUUUGGCAGCGGCUGCGGUAGCCGCGGCAGCUUCACACCAGCAACAGGCGAACGGUGGAGGAGGUCCUCCGAUUUCACCGACCGCACUGCAUCAUCCGCAGCAGCAGCACCAUGUGUCGCAAGCGUCAGUACAAAGUUCAGCGGCCGCCAAUGGCCAUGCCACCAUCAAGAUGGAAACCGAUCUGGACGAUCUGAAGCCGACCGAUUUGAGUACAACCGAUCGCAAGUACUACGGUGGUGCACCGGUGAACGGAGUCGACUGUUAUCCAUUGAUAAGAAACGCCAACGGUUUGACCACCAUUCAGCUUCUGCGCCAGCAACAUCAACAAAGCCACGAUAGUGGUUCACCGCCGCCGUCCCCGAAUCACCUAUCGCUCAACUCGCAAUCGUUGCACACCAUCAGUAACAACCUGCACCAUCUACACCAGCAGCAGCUGCAAGCACAAGCUGCAGCAGCAGCGGCAGCCGUUGCUGCCGCCGAAGCCCGUCACCAGCAGCAGCAGCAGGAAGAAGACCGACGACUGGACACCCUGGAGCACGAUCGUGACCACGAACGGGACCGAAGUCCAUCCCCAGCCGAUCACCAUCAUCAUCAGCAGCAGCAACAACAACAACAACAGCAGCAGCAACACCACUCAGAAACGGGCAAAACCAGCGAGGACGAAAGCAUGAUGCCAACGGAUCUCAGCAAAUCAGAACCAAUGUACUACAAAUAAACCACAGCCUACUGAGACUCCGCAAAUCGAAAUCAAACUGACAAUCAACGGGCCGCACUUCGUAUGGGAAACUUCAAAAAUCACACACACGGAGGAAAAGCUUGGUUGGCAACGUGUGCGAUGAUAGUGAUCUCAAUGUGAAGAAUAAGAAAACAAAAAAAAAACAAACAAGCGAAGAACAAACACUGGUGCCAUUCCGUUCCGUGUGUGCGUGCGUGCGUUCGUGCGGUUUUCCUGUACGAUUGAGCGUGCAAUUCAACACGAAAUUAACAAUACAACAACAACAACAAAAUACAUGUGUGAUACCCCCUUUCCCCCACCCCGGAAAUAAACAACAGAUUUAGUACACAGGAUGAUCCCGUGCGUGCAACGUCUUUUUUUUUUGUGCAGAACUACAAGACAACCUGUUGUGUGAAGAAGUAAAAAAAAAACAAAAAAUGUGCCAAUCGUUCUCUCACCACCUUUGUUUGUUAGUUAACGACAAAAGUUGAGCGACAAAAACUGGUCGACGACCCAAUGUACAGAACCUGAGAAUGCGAUACUAUAUAUAUACUCUAGUUAAAUUACGGAUUGUGAGCCGGAACGGGGCUCCCCGUGCAAUUCGCUCCUUUUUUUAUAUAUAUAUUCUGUAUUAUACUGGAGAUUACAAAAAACAAAACAGAAAAACGUAAGUUCGGUCCAGGCUUCUCUAUUCGUAGAAAAUGAUGCAAAAAGAAUGCACAACAGAAAAAAAAACAAAACAAACUAUAGCUAAAAUGUUUUCGGAGAAAAUACAGCAGAUAUAUUGUUGAAAAGAAGAAGAAAAUCGGGAAGUAAAUAAAGAAAAGUGUACAGUUUUAAUUGUUAAGAGUAGAAUUUAUCUUAUUUGACACAUACACGUGUAGCCGUUAAGUGGUUGAUCCAGCCGAGAAAAGUACUCAUUUUUUUUUAAUGAUUUUGUUUCAGCAAAUUCAUUAUUGGUUUGUUUGUAUUCAAAUUUUUGUGUUAGAGACAAAACGAAUAGGUUAAGUUUAAGGAUUUUACCUUCACCAUUGGCUUCCAUUUGAGAAAAAAAAAACAAAACAAAAACGGUUAAACGAUUUACAAAAUUCAAACAAAUGUGAUGAAAAAAAACA